AUGGAAUCGUUCAUUGACUCACCUGAAGAAGUUAUUGAAUUGUGUAAUCUGUUACAUCAAUCAACGCAACUUAAGAAAUCUGGUCGAUGUAUCAAAUUCACCAAUACCAUAUUCAAUACCGACGUGGCUGUUGAUUCCUGGAAGUUUAUGGAUUGGGAUUAUGGUAAGGAUAAAAUCAAAUUGCCAAUUCAAGCCAGAGGGUUGUUUACUAUAAACGAUGAAAAAAUUGCUGUUCGUGGGUACGAUAAGUUUUUCAAUGUGGAUGAGAAAGUUUUUACAAAAGUGGACGAGUUGAAGAAGAGCACGUCUGGUCCAUAUGAUGUUACCCUAAAAGAAAAUGGAUGUAUUGUGUUUAUAAGUGGAUUAAGUAAUGGUGAUAUCAUUGUGUGCUCAAAACAUUCAACUGGACCACGUGACAACACCACUCGGAAUCAUGCAUUAGAAGGAGAGAAACGAUUACGUUUGCAAUUGGGAGAAGACAAGGUUAAACAGUUGGCAAAGUACUUGGCUGAGCAUAAUUUGACUGCAGUUGCUGAAUUAUGUGAUGAUGAAUUUGAAGAACAUGUUUUAAGUUAUAGCAAGGACAAAUCAGGAUUGUACUUGCACGGGUUGAAUUAUAACACCAUACAAUUCCGUACAGUUCCAAUAGAGAAAGUUAUUCAGUUUGCCGAUGACUGGAAUUUCAAAAAGGUAGAUUAUUUAACCUUCACAGAUGUUGAAAAACUAUUUGAGUUUUUGGAAAAGUGCAGCGAAACUGGAAAAUAUCAAGAUCGGGAAGUUGAAGGAUUCGUCAUUCGUUGCAAACGUAACAAUGCCGACUUUUUCUUCAAGUACAAAUUCGAACAACCCUAUUUAUUAUACCGUCAGUUUCGAGAAGUUACCCGACAGCUAAUCAUUGAUGAUAUUCCUAUUCAAUCGGUUCGAAUGAAAAAGAACAAAUUUAUAACUAAAAAAUAUCUCGAAUUUGUGUCAGAAUUAUUUGCCAAGCAACCUCAAUUAAAGGCGGACUUUAUUGAUGGACAUGGAAUUAUUAAAGUUCGAGAAUUAUUUUUAGAAAAUUUACAUGAAACUAAUGGAAUGAAAUUAUUGACCAUUGACGAGAGUUUGUCGCAUGAAUUAGACAAUUUGUCGUUACAACAUGAAAUAAAGUAUGUUUUAGUACCUGUAGCGACUAUAGGUUGUGGUAAGACCACGGUGUUUAAUACCCUUAGCGGGUUAUUUCCAGAUUGGGUUCAUAUACAAAAUGACAAUAUUGCAAAAAGGUCAAAAUUGAAAAUUGUCGAUUUGACGUUAAUGUCAUUAGCUAAUUAUGACGUGGUAUUGUUUGAUAGAAAUAAUUCUGAAUACCGGGAAAGAAAACAAAUUUUCACCACAGUCGAUCAAAAACGCCACGAUUACUUAGAUGAGACUACCCAGAUCAAAUAUAUUGCCAUUAAUUUUGUUCAUGAUGUUGAUUAUGAUCAAUUAUGGGAUAUAACAUUUGAAAGAAUUAAGGCUAGAGGUGAUAAUCACCAAUCUAUAAAGUCUGAUUCUGAUGAACUAUUAGCCACAAAAGUGAUGAAGGGGUUUAUUAAUAGGUUUCAACCACUAGACACGGAAAGAGAACCCGACAGUGGGUUUGAUCAUGUCAUAAAUUUAACCUUGGGCGAAAAUACUUCAUUGGGAAAUGUUAGAUUGAUAAUCAAGGAGUUAGCCGAGAAGUACCCCGAAUUGAUCCCAGAACAACCAACCGAAGAACAAAUAUCCCUGAAGUUUACUGAAGCUUUAAAUUACAAACCAGAUUAUACCAAAAAUAUGACCAAUGAAAAGCCCAAACCUGUCUACUAUGGGGUAAAUAUCGAUCAUUCAAAAAUCAUAGAUGCAGUCAACAACCAGAUAGGGGGUCAUGAUCUGUGGCAAUCAUUACAAGGUAUUAAUAGAGUACAACGUGAAUUUCAUGUAACUUUAUCCCAUAGUGCCAACGCCAGAGGAGAGAAUAAAUCCAAAUGGAAACAAAUCGUUAACAAGUUAGGUAAAGGAGAAGACAAAUCAGGUAAAUCAUACCUUGAGUUUUAUGCUGAUGUCAAGUUAACUCAGGUUGCAAUCACUCCAGAUUUGAUCUGUUUAAAAGUUGAUUUACUCGGUACUUUUGAUAGUGACUUCAAUGUAGUGGAACUGGAACACUUGAGUACAAUGCUUCAUAUUACCAUUGGUACAUUUAGACCUGAAGUUAAGCCAGUUGAGUCGGGGAUUAUCUUGCAAAAGUUAUAUGCUGAUGAUUCAACCUUGAAACCAGAUGGUGAAUACCGAGUGGAAGGAAAUACUGUUACUAUUGUCAACUUUGCAGACGAGAGUAUCUUAGAAAAGCAACGAUUAUUUGUAUAUAAAUAG